UCAUCGUCUAGUACAAAACGGUGUAUGAAACAGUCAACAAUGAAGCUAGUACUUUGCUUUUUCAUUUUGUUCGUUCUUGUGGUGAUCAGUCAUGCACAAUAUCUGCAACACUGCAACCGUUGUGGAAGCCUAAACUUGCAACAACGACGGGUGUGUUGUAACUAUGGCUUUACCCAGUGCUGCCGAAUUCGUGUACCCCCUGACCAAACUUUUCCAGGAUCAGGCGCCCCAGGACAAGGCGGCUAUCCAGGCAGUUCUGGCGGCCUAGCCCAACCUGGUAUUCCGAACUAUUAUGCUACUGGUUCUGCUGGAUUCUAUCCUGGUGGUACUGGAGGCAGCGUUGGUGUCUAUCCUGGUGGUGUAUAUCCUGGUGGCGCAUAUCCUCAGCCUCUUCCUAACGUUCCUCUUGGUGGUGACGUUAUUUUACGGAAAAAACCCGCAGCCUAG